CAAGCUGUCAAAGUGUCAUAAGUUCACAGAUUACGAUUUUCAAGUGGGUGCGGCAGAUGAAGAAAUAUCGGACAUGUCCGAGAACAUUGAGUGAAAGAUGACCUACAAAAAUAAGGGUGGUCCGUGGUUCUAUUCUAGUCUUAUCUAGAUUAUUUACAUAAAUGAUAAUGUUUUGACCUUUAAAAGUUUAAAGCUUUUGAAUUAUUAAUUUGAUAGUGGAUUGCUGUAUUUAAAAAGGAAAUCUUAAAACAUACUAACUACUGGUAUCCAAAAUGCCUCCAAAGGCACCCGAAGGGAAGCGGAGUAUAUUGAUAGUUCCUUCUGUCGCUUCUAACAAGGCAUCUGCGACCGCUCCCUUGCCUUUAGAAGGGGGGGAGGAGACGGAGAUCGCCGCGACGGUGUCCAUGCCCGAGGACACGGGUUGGGGCUGGCUGGUGGUCGCCUGCGCCUUCGUGAGCAUCGGCAUACUUGAUGGUAUUGCGUUCACAUUUGGCGCCAUGAUAUCCGACAUUACACAAGAUAUGAAGUCCUCCGAGUCUCCCAUUGCUCUCGUGAAUUCAGUGGCAGUCGGCAUCUACCUUAUGUGUGGCCCCGUCGUCUCCGCCUUCAUAAACCGGUUUGGCUUUCGAGCAUGCUGCAUGACUGGAUCCGUCAUCAGUUCUGUUUCAUUAUUCAUCUCGUAUUUUGCUCCAAAUUACGGAACACUACUACUAUUCUACGGCAUAUGUGCUGGUUUUGGGUAUUCACUGAUCAAUAUGGCAUGUGGACUGGUGGUGGGAUUUCAUUUUGAAAGAUUACGUGCUUUAGCCCUCGCCAUCGCUGCUUCUGGAUCACCUGUUGGAGUAAUGUCUAUGUUUCCACUUAAUUCCUAUCUAGUAAAUUUAGGUGGGUGGCGUCCUACUACUUUAUUACAUGCAGGAAUGGUUGGGAUCAUAUUCUUCCUAGGUAUGUCAUUCCGACCUCUCCUCACUCUAACAGUAACUUUGACUACCGACGACGAGCCCACGCGUACGACUGCUUACCUGCCAAGUCUGGCCAAUAUCGGCACUCAACAGAAAAGUAAAGUGGAUGCUACACAAAUGGCACCAUCGAAAGCAGAAAAAAUGUUCAAUGCUGUGAGUAACACCAACUUCCCGACGGCAGCGUCAGUAGUGUCGGCGGGGCAGGCGGCGGGCGCCGCGGCCCCGGCUCAGGUCGGGACCUCGACACAAGGCGUAUCUAAGUUAACCAUAUCGGCCAACCAGCCUCAAGGUGGCUUGUCUCGUCGGCAGAUAAAACAGGUACAAUCUAUAGCCUCAAGAACAAACCAACAAGAUUCUAAGCAAGUUAUAGAAGUGGCGGUGUCCGAAGCAGCUCCACCUAAGAAACGUAGCUUUUGGGAGCGGCUGUGUCCUUGGCAGGCCCACGUGCCGGAGUCUCGGCCUAUGUACCGUGACGAUGCCUUCUACGACGGUGACGUCAAGCGUCUCCCGGAGUAUCAGAAGAGCAUGGUGGACCCGAGCGGGGAGACGAAGACAGGCCUGGAGUACCAGCUGGCGGUGUCGCGCGCGGCGGCCGCGGCUGAUCUGCAGGACCGGCGCGGGGUGCUCACCACAGCCGCGCGCCGCGUGCUCGCCACCAUGCUCGACCCCCUCCUGCUCAAGCGAACCUCCUUUCAACUACAGUGCGCUAGUGGAUUCCUCACAUAUUUGGGAUUUCUAGUACCCUACGUGUUCAUUCAGGAACGUAAUAAAUCAGCGGGAAUAAGCUCUAGCCAUUGCGCCGUAUUUGUAAGUGUAAUCGGUUUAUCGAAUGCUACCGGUAGAUUAAUCCUGGGAAUUAUUGCUUCCAAGGUAGACCCUUUGAAAGUAUAUUCUAGUACACUUUUUGUAGCAGGAGUAGCGACGAUUCUGUCUAGUAUAUCCUAUAAUGUAUAUUUUCAAUAUGGUUACUGUGCAAUAUACGGAUUAUGUUGCGCAGGAGUUACGUGUUUACGCGCUGUGGUGAUAGUAUCGUUGUAUGGUCUGGACAAGCUCACUAACGCUACUGGAAUGGUAUUACUGUUUCAAGGAUUUGGCAGCAUGAUUAGCACUCCUUUAGCCGGAGCUAUAAAGAAAACGGCGGGAUAUUCAACUGCUUUUACACUUGCUGGUGUUUUUAUAACUAGUGCAUCUGUCCUCUUGGUGGGCGUUACAUACUUUGCUAAAAGGGAAAAGGAUAGGGAAAAUCAGGGUGUUCGAACUACUAAAAUUAAGUAACUAAUAUUGAAUUAAAUAUUAAUUGUAAAUAAGUUAAUAGUUUUUAAAUUUACCGAAUAGCCACCUCAAUACACAUUCGAUUUCUGGAUGGGGUGACGCGAUGCGAUGCGACUGCUACGGUACGGACUAGGCGAUUCACACACUUGACCGCGAACCGCCGCGGAGGAGGGCGGAUUAUCAUUGUAUGCAAAAAUUACAGUUUAAUAGAAAAAUAGCUUACCAGCAGCACACACUGCCGUCGCGUCGCUUCACCGCGCGGUUUACUAUGUUAAUACGCAAUCCGUGCGGUAAGGAGGCGGUGCGUGUGUGAAUCACAGAGAGUACAUUAGUGUGAAUCGCCUUAAUGAAAGUUUGUGUUUGUACCUAAAGGGAUAG